AUAGUCAUAAGUCUACAGCAACAAGCUAAAGCAGAAGAUGAAAAAAGAAAGAAAGAAAAAAAAAGCAAUGAUGGCCUGAUGGGGUCCAUCUGUUGCAGAAAGGCCACCAAUGGAAUAAAGCACAACCGAUAUUGCAAGUGUGCCUUGCCACUCGAAGCUAUCUUCACAGUUGUCUCCUCUCACCUGAAAGCACCAGAUCUGGAGAAAAUGGCUCCUAAAUUAGUCUUCGUUCUGCCAAUUGUGCUCCUUGGCUGGGCAUUCCAGGCGAUUCUCCGGCCUCCCCCCGCAAAACUGUGUGGCUCCCCAGGUGGCCCUCCUCUGACAUCUCCGAGGAUCAAGCUCAGGGAUGGAAGGCACCUUGCAUACAGAGAAGAUGGAGUACAGAAAGACAAGGCCAGGUACAAGAUCAUCACAAUACAUGCAUUUGAUAGCACCAAGGACAUACCCUUACCUGUUUCCAAGGAGCUUGUGGAAGAACUGGGAAUUUACCUCCUUGCUUUUGAUAGAGCUGGGUAUGGGGAAAGUGACCCAAAUCCCAAGCGGGAUGUAAAGAGCGAGGCACUGGAUAUCGAGGAGCUCGCUGACCAGCUGGAGCUUGGGCAGAAGUUCUAUGUCUUGGGGACCUCAAUGGGAGGAUACUCAGUUUGGGGAUGCCUCCAGUAUAUACCUCACAGGCUCGCAGGUGCUGCGCUAGUUGUUCCAGUUAUCAACUACUGGUGGCCUUCUUUUCCAGCUGAACUAUCCAGGCAAGCCUUCAAGAAACAGGUAGUGCCAGAGCAGAGGACCCUGUGGAUUGCACACAAUGUACCUUCCUUGCUCUACCUGUGGAUGACCCAGAAGUGGCUCCCUUCUUCUGCGGCUGCCAUGCACCACCCUGAAAUAUUUAGCAAGCAUGAUAUGGAGGUUCUUCAGAAGAUGAUGGCAAUGCCAAGAACCAUCGAGAAUAAAUCAAGGCAACAAGGCACUUAUGAAUCAAUCCACCGUGAUUUACUUGUCGCUUUUGGAAGGUGGGAGUUUGACCCUAUGAAUAUUACGAAUCCAUUUCCUCAAAAUGAGGGUUCUGUACACAUCUGGCAAGGAUAUGAAGACAGGUUGGUGCUUGUUGAGCUGCAGAGGUACAUUUCGAAGAAACUUCCAUGGAUUAAGUACCAUGAAGUCCGAGAAGGUGGACAUAUGUUCAUGCUGGUAGAUGGAUGGACUGACCGAAUUCUCAAGGCACUCGUGGUAGGAGAAGAGCCCUCAGCUGUGUGACAGUAGAUCCAUUUUCAAAAUGCUGACAACAUCAAGACUGCACAGCUGCUAUUCAGUUUAAAUUUUUCUUCCCAAAAUUGUAUUCCUAUAACAUCAAGACUGGUCUAACUCAUAAUAUGUUAUACUGUCACUUUAAGCUAUUGUUCUCCAGCAUAUCAAGUAAUUACAACAGCAUGUGAGA